AUGAAUUUAUUAUUAAGUUUAAUAGGAUUUGCUAUUUUAUUUGCUUUAUUUCUUUUCUCUGUAGGUUCAAAUGCUGAAGAAAAUGGUUGCACUCAAUUCAUCAUAGGAAGUAAAGAUUAUACAUGCAUGGGUAUGUCUUCUGGAUGUCUAAUUCCAUAUAGAACUUUUUUUGGAAAUUAA